GUCUCGCUCCGCUCUUGACCGUGCGCAAGCGCGGUGCGGCGGGAAGCCUCUGAAAGUGUGUCCAACAUGGCGUCCGAGCGGAAGACUAAGUUAUCCAAGAACUUGCUGCGCAUGAAGUUCAUGCAGAGGGGCCUGGACUCGGAAACCAAGAAGCAGCUAGAAGAGGAGGAACGGAAGAUGAUCAGCGAUGAGCACUGGUACCUGGAUUUGCCGGAGCUGAAGGAGAAAGAGAGCUUCAUCAUAGAAGAGCAGAGCUUCUCCCUGUGUGAAGAUCUUCUCUACGGAAGGAUGUCAUUCAGGGGGUUUAAUCCUGAAGUUGAGAAGUUAAUGCUUCAGAUGAAUUCCAAGAACAGAGCGGAGGCAGCAGAAGAGGAGGAGACUAUAGAGGUCGACGUGUCAGAUGAAGAAAUGGCAAGAAGAUAUGAGACUUUGGUGGGAACAAUUGGAAAAAAGUUUGCCAAGAAAAGGGACCGAGCAAAUUACGAAGAAGAUGAAAAUGGAAAUAUAAAGGCCAUUAAAACUAAGAAGAUGUUCUUAAAGCCCCAAGACUGAAAUGGAGGCCUCCGAUCCAGUGGAUGCUGUGAGCACAGCAUGGUCUGAACUCACCCUCUCAUCCUCUGUACUCGUUAAAACCCUGUCCCUUCUAAGAGACGCAUAGGUUUGGAAGUGUGCUGUUCUGAAGACAGAUGGAUAAUGGAUGUUAUACAUCCUUUAUACGGCAUUCGGGGUGUUAAAUAUGUGGGCACAGGCCACUCCCCGGAUGUUUGGCCUGAUUCUGUGUGAAUGCACACACAUACACAUGUUCUCAGUUGCUGUCCAGGAAGGACUGUUGUAGACUGAUUACUGCCUUGGUGUAACUGCCCUCACAGUUAUGUUUCACUUUGUGAAUCAUGUCAGCCAAUCCAUUCACAUUGGAUUUAAAUAUUUGAGAACUUUCAGAAGUGAUUGGCCAGGAACAGACAUGGCUCUCCAGCCUAGAGUCUUGUGUGCUCUUAGGCCUUUGUCAUGUAUAGAAGUGUGAGGUGGGUGUGUUUUAAACAGUCAUCUGCAUCAUUUUUCUAAUGUUCUGUAAUAAACAUGUUUCACAUAC